AUGGAUAGAAGAGGAUUAGAAUCGUGUCUUUAUGAGGUACUGAAAUCCGAUUCCACUUCAGGGAAGAGGGCCGAGGCUAAGAUCCUAGAGCUACAGUCAAGCGAUUUUGAAAGGUUUAUAUCGAUACUUGUGGAGGUGUUCUGCGACCUGAAAAGCAAUGACCAGCUUCGAAUGGUUUCUGGGAUCAUCCUUAAGAAUAGCCUUCAUGCAAAUGAUCCGGAUCUUCAGAAAGGUUGUUUGAGUAGGUGGCUGGGGAUGAGGCCUGAAUCCAGAGAAUAUAUCAAGAACACGAUUAAGAGAGCCCUCCGGGGGCCUACUCCAAGGUUUUGUACAAUGGCAGGGGCGGCUCUUGGGCAAAUAUCCAGGAUGGAGAUUCCAAACAGUUUAUACCAGGGGUUUUUUGAAGAGAUGAAAAGGAUGGUUUGCGACGAAGAGACGGCGUGUGGAGUGUGCGAAGCUGUAGGAACAUGUUGUAGUUAUCUGACAAAGGAAGCUCCGGACAUCCUCCGAAUGCAUAAUGCUACUGUGUUUGAAAUAUGCAUACAUCCUCUUAAGAGAGGAACUACGAGGGAAAGUAAGCUGUCAGGCUUAAAAUGCCUAAUGAAUUGUAUGGAAGUCGAAGGGAUAUUCUGCUAUGAGGAGAAUGUAAACAUAUUUCUUAAUUCGACCAUUGAAAUAUGGAACGGUGAUGACGAAGAACUGAUACACAAGUUAAUGAUCUGCUUUAACAGACUUGUGAUGCUCAACUAUAAGUUUAUUCGGAAGAGCAUAUUAGAGAAUAUACUUGGCCAGUAUCUGGGAAGAUUCUUUAAAUCGAAGCAUGACGAAAUUAAGAUCCAAGCAAUUGAGUACUGGUGUAUUUUUGCAGAGAAAAGAGACGAAGAGAUGGCCAACAAGUACAUGUCUGUUGUUCUUCCCGAAAUACUGAGUCUUCUUAAGAAAGGUCCCGACUAUUAUGAGGAAAUAUGGUCCCCGCAUAAAGCUGCCUCCUCCUGCCUUGAGAUUUACACAGAGUUGAAGGGAGACAAGAUGAUGAGAAACGGAAUGAUAUGGGGAUUUAUAGAGACCUCUCUAAAAUCGGAGUCAAAGGCUGAUGUGGACAUAGGUGCUGUUGCACUAGGAAGUGUAAUGCAUGAGAAAUGUGAAGAUUGCUUGGUAAAGAUUGUCCCAGACCUUGUUGCCGGAAUAGGAUUUGAGGAGUCAAAGGACUCUUGUCUGUGGGCAUUGUCCAGAACGGCAGAAUGUAACUUUUAUGCAUUAGUAGAUCAUCUUCCUAUCAUUUUGAGCAGAUGUGGAUCGGUAGUUCUUGAGAGUUCCAAGUCUUCGAUUGGAGCAGCAUGGGCGAUGGAUUGUAUAUUCCGCUCUGUAGCAGACAGCAAGAGAAAAGAGGGCUUUGCCAGCCAUAUACCAAGCUCCACCAAGAAGAGGGCAGACGAUUUUGUCGAAAGCUUCCUUGUAAAGCAGUAUCUCGACAUUCUCAAUGUAUUAGUUAAGGGAACUGAACUGGCGAACUUAAAUGAUUCAAGCCUAAGGGUUGCCUUAUUUUCGGCUCUUGAUGAAUUGAUCCUCAUAUGUCCUCAGACUGUCUUGGACAUCCUUAUUGGGUUUUAUGACUAUACAUCUAAAAAGAUCGAUGAGUGCAUCAGUGUGUUGGGAUAUGCCACACAGGAUCAACUACUAGUAGUUGAGGAUGUACUUUCGAACUACAUAGGACUUAUUGAGGCAAUAGCCACAGCAAGAAAGAGAGAGGAUGUAGAGGACCUUCUGGAGCUGUUCAUAAGAAUCCUGGAGUCAACACCGACAAUAGCCUUUGGGGAAGUUUACACAAGCAUUUCAAAUCUCUCUACAAAAUUUGCACCGCACACGUCUCGAAUACUGCCUUACAUGACAAGGGACAUGAGGUGCACAGACCGAUUUGUUUUAAAUUCAGUGAUAAACCUUGUUGGAAGGCUUGCAAAUACAAUGGGGACAGACUUUAAUAUCCUUGCAACGGUUCUUACAUCAUCUCUGGUUCAAUGUCUCAGCUCGGAAGCCACUCAUAGAGAUCUUAAGCCUAUAAUACUGUCUGUAUUUGGAGACAUUGCUUUGGCGCUGGAAAGAAACUUCGAAUCAUACCUGGAUAUGGUUGUUAUGCUAUUCCAGCAGAUAUCAGAGCUUAACAGGCAUGGGGACGAAGAAUAUGUGGACGACCUUCGGAAGAACGCAGUUCAGCUUGUGAACUGUUCUUUGGUAGCCAUCGGGGACAGUUCCAAGGUUAGAAAUCUCCUCCCCAGAAUUAUCAGCAUAGCCCACAAAAUGGGCAUUGAGGAUGGAAGUGGCAAGACACAUGAAGACAUCCUUGGCCUUAUCGAUGAUCUUGUUGGAAUGUAUGGAAAGAACUUUGGGCUGGACGAGCCAUGGAUUAAGGAAUUUCUGUACGGAAUGAUGAAGUCCAGUAACGACAGGAAUAGAAAGAAGGCUAGCCAUGUUCUGGAGGUGCUGAGAUAA